UCUAUAACUAUCUCUCCCAUUUUAGAUUUUCUCUGAAGCUCUGUUCGGGGAGAGUGCGAGGCUUGGCACCUGUAUGUGUGCAUGCUCUCUCUCUCUCUCUCUCGCCUUCACCUCUCUGCAACUACAGCUCCGUCCCCUUCUCCUUCCCUCCCUUCGUCUGCUCGUCCUUCCUUUCUUCUGUUUCCAUUGUAUCAUUUCGGCUCUGAUCUCACUCGUCUCUUCGCAUUUCUUUUUCUGAAUGGAGGUCGCCUUCCUUGUGUUUUUCACCCACUUCUCUCGGAUCUGGCUUGCAUCAAUCUGGUAGUUUACCAAAAUUUAGGGCUUUUCCGCAAUGCAUUUUCUCUGAUUUCUUCUUUUUCUUCCUCUUUAUGCAAAGGAUUGGGUGGAAAUUUGAGAUACCUGGGAAAUGAAAGCGACCCAGAAAGAUUCGGAAAAGUUGAUUUGGGAUGAGAUGAGAAGCGCUUCCGCUUCCCCCAUGGCCGGAGCUGCCACGCAUUCACGGACCUUACCCAAGCUUCUUGUCUGGCUCAUCCUCUUCGUUUCUGUCACCUAUAUUGUUUACACGCUCAAGCUAGUUUCCACGUCACGCGCUUGCGAUGAUGGACCCUUCACCACCGACCGCCUCGCCUCCUCCUCCACCGCUACCACCACGCUCAGCACUAUACCCAGAAACAGAAUCAAUGCCACUGCCUCCUGGCUGGUUCGAAAUCGAACGUCCGUAGCUUUAAGACAAGAGUCUCAAGAAAUCAGCAAUCAAACGGAGCUCCGCCACGUGGUGUUCGGAAUUGCCGCCUCCGCAAAGCUCUGGCAUCAGAGAAAGAACUACAUCAAGCUGUGGUAUAAACCCAAGGAAAUGAGGGGCAUAGUAUGGCUCGAUGAAGGAGUUAAGACCUAUGACAAGGACGGCCUUCCGCCGGUUAAGAUAUCCAGUGACACUUCCAAUUUCCCCUACAAGAACCGGCAAGGUCACCGGUCCGCCAUUCGGAUCUCUCGGAUCGUCUCCGAGACUCUGCGAUUGGGGCUUAAGGAGGUGAGAUGGUUCGUGAUGGGGGACGACGACACCGUUUUCGUCACCGAUAAUCUCCUCAGGGUUUUAAGGAAAUACGAUCAUAACCAAUUCUAUUACAUUGGUAGCUUAUCGGAAAGCCAUCUCCAAAACAUCUUCUUUUCGUAUAACAUGGCAUAUGGCGGCGGCGGCUUCGCUAUUAGCUACCCAUUGGCCAGAGCUCUGAUGAAAAUGCAGGACCGCUGUAUUCAUAGGUACCCGGGACUCUACGGCUCCGAUGACCGAAUGCAAGCGUGUAUGGCCGAACUAGGUGUUCCACUCACAAAAGAAGUCGGUUUUCACCAGUAUGAUGUGUAUGGGAACCUGUUUGGGCUUCUUGCUUCUCACCCCGUGACUCCAUUUGUUUCACUACACCACCUUGAUGUUGUUGAGCCGAUCUUCCCCAAUGUGACUCGAUUGGAAGCCCUAAAACGGCUUACUAUACCAAUGAAGCUGGACUCAGCAGGUCUCAUGCAACAAUCCAUCUGCUAUGACAAAGCAAGAAGCUGGACCGUAUCAGUCUCAUGGGGUUUUGCUGUUCAGAUCUUUCGUGGCGUGUUUUCGCCACGGGAGAUAGAAAUGCCUUCAAGAACAUUCUUAAAUUGGUAUAAAAGAGCAGAUUACACUGCUUAUGCAUUUAACACACGCCCGGUUAGCCGAAACCCAUGCCAAAAGCCUUUUGUGUUCUACUUUUCAAAGGCCAAAUUCAAUUCUACGAGGCAGCAGAUAGUGAGCGAAUAUGAUCGGCAUCGCGUCCCCCACCCCGAAUGCAGGUGGAAGAUGAUUGAUCCUUCGACUUUUGACAAGGUUGAGGUAUACAAGAAGCCUGAUCCUUAUCUGUGGAAUAGAGCUCCCAGGAGAAAUUGUUGCAGGGUCAUGAAAUCAAAGAAGUCAGGAACAAUGGUAAUAGAUGUGGGUGUAUGUAGGGAAGGGGAGGUCAGCGAAAUCUUAUGAUGAAAUGCUAUAUUAGUGGGGAAAAUCUUUUUUCCUCCUUUAGAUUCUUAGCUUAUUUGUUAAUUUUUUUAUUGUUCCUCGAGUCGAGUCAGCAAAAAUUUUGCAUUUUUCCA